AUGAUGGAAACCAUGCCAACAAACCAAACCCUCCUCGAUGACCCCUCCCUCUGCACAAUCGACACAUGCCCGCUGUCCAUGGCCUCAGUCGAGUACCUCCCAAAGCUCUGGGCGCAAAUCCUCUUCAUCGCGAUCUUCGGCCUCGGUCUCCUCCUGCAUCUCUUCCUGGGCAUCCGGUACAAAACGUGGACGUUCAUGAUCGCCAUGGCGUUAGGGCUCAUUGGGGAGAUAGUGGGCUAUGGAGGACGAGUUGGCUUGAACCAGGAUCCGUUUAACGGCGACUACUUCCUGCAGUACCUUGUUGCGCUCACCAUUGCGCCGGCGUUCCUGACGGCUGCGAUUUAUCUCACCUUGUCGCGCAUUGUCGUUGCAUUUGGAGAGCGCAUCUCGUAUUUUAAGCCGAGGACUUAUACAAUUACGUUUAUCACAUUUGACGUCCUGGCGCUCUUGCUUCAGGCUAUCGGCGGAGGUAUAGCUGCAUCCGCGGACGACGAUGACAAAGAUGCCACGGACCUCGGCGUGAACAUCAUGAUUGCUGGUCUGGCAUGGCAAGUCGCAAGUCUGCUUAUCUUUACCGCCAUGUCAACGCACUUCUUCCUCCGCGUUCGCAAAGCCCCAGGAUCGGACUUCAACCUGGACUUUGAGAGACUCCGCAACAGCCGCUAUUUCAAGGGGAGUCUCUGGGGUCUCUCGAUCGCAACACUGGUCAUUAUCGUCCGGUCCAUCUUUCGCUGUGCCGAGUUGUCUGAAGGUUUCGACGGCGACCUCGCGAACGAUGAGGUGACGUACAUGCUUCUGGAAGCAACGAUGAUUGCAAUCGCCGUCAUUCUUCUGACGGUCUUCCACCCCGGCACGGUCUGGAAGGGCCAGUGGAACCAGGCAGUUUGGAACACGCGGUCCAAGGGUGGAAUGUCGAGGAUCAUGCCCGUGGUCACGUGA